CUUUAUCUCACGGAUUAGCGAAGGAGUACGUGUACCGUCAGAUAUACGUGCAACAACGUUCACUACAUGUAGCCACAGUCAAAUUCCCAUAGCGCAUUAUGGAUAUAUGUAUUCACAUAAAGCUAUACACGUUUCUGCAACUGUUUCUGAGUUUCACACACGUGACCCACUCAAAUGGGAAGCUCCCUGGAAUGCUCUACCCGCGGGACUCAGAAAGUAGGUCAGUGCGCCACCUGGACGGCAUGUGGGACUUCCUAAUCGACACCUCGCCGUCACGGAACCUCAGUUUCCAGCAGCAGUGGUACAGUCAUCCGCUGAGGAUGUUUGGUGAAGUGAUGACGAUACCAGUGCCCGCAAGUUACAAUGACAUCACCAUCGAUAAACAGGUUCGCGAUUUCGUGGGAUGGGCGUGGUACGAGAGGACCUACUACGUGGACAAGAACUGGGACCAAGAACGCAUCGUUUUGCGCAUUGACAGUGCCCAUUAUAACUCCAUUGUGUGGGUCAACGGAAACCAGGUGAUGACGCACGAAGGUGGUCAUUUGCCAUUCGAAGCGGAUGUGACGUCACAGCUGACCAUUGGAGGAACAAAUCGCGUGACAGUAGCUUUAAAUAACACACUGACGCCGACCACUCUUCCACCGGGGACCAUUCAGUACCAAUCAGAUACAAACAAAUAUCCUCCCGGUUACUUCGUACAGAAUCUCCAGAUGGACUUCUUCAAUUAUGCGGGAAUCCAUCGUCACGUGACCCUUUACACGACCCCUAAAUCCGCGUACAUUGAGGACAUCGAUAUCAGAACAAGUUUUCAGGGCAGUACAGGGACGGUGAAUUACACAAUUUAUAACGCCGGCCAGAUCGGGUUUGUACAAGUGCGGGUUGACGUUAUCGAUAAGGACGGCAACUCCGUUGCGCAUAGCAACCAAGCACAAGACACGCUCACUAUACGGAAUGCCAACCUCUGGUGGCCAUACACGAUGAACAGCUCCAGCCCCGGCUACCUGUACAAGCUUCAGGUAUCUGUGACGUCGCAGUCCCACAGCGAGAAAGACAUUUACCGUCAGCCCUUCGGAAUUCGAACAGUGCGCGUCACUGCGACCCAGCUUUUCAUCAAUGAUAGAGCUUUCUACUGCCAGGGAAUAAACAAACACGAGGACGCUGAUAUCCGUGGCAAGGGCCUCGACUACGCGUUGAUCGCGCGAGACUUCGAGAUGCUGCGGUGGCUGGGCGUCAACUGCUUCCGGACCUCACACUACCCGUACGCAGAGGAGAUCAUGGACAUGGCAGACCAGACUGGCAUCGUCGUCAUCGAUGAGAGCCCCGGUGUCGGCAUUGUGAACGAUAAUAACUUCAGCAACAAAUCCUUAGAGCACCAUAAGGCGGUGAUGUCCGAGAUGUUUCAGAGAGACAAGAACCGUCCGGCAGUCAUCUUUUGGUCCGUGGCCAACGAGCCAAAAUCCACUAACCCUCUCGCCGAGAACUACUUCCGGGAGGUAAUCGAGCAUGUGCGUUCCUUGGACGCCUCGAGACCUGUGACGUUUGCUUGCAAUCAGAAUUACGCCAACGACACUGUGGUCCAGUUUGUCGACGUCAUUCUGGUGAACCGCUACAUGGCCUGGUACUCGGAUGUGUCGCAUACAGAGCUCAUUCAGCGCCAGCUCGAGUACGACCUCCGCGGUUGGCACGCGAAGUUCAACAAGCCUCUCAUCGUGUCAGAGUACGGGGCUGACACAAUCGCCGGCUUUCAUCAGGAGCCAAGUUUUGUUUUCACAGAGGAAUAUCAGGUCGAGUUCCUACAAGAGUACCACACAACAUUUGACAAACUUCGCGGCGAGUUCUUCGUUGGAGAAAUGCCCUGGAACUUUGCUGACUUCAUGACAGUUCAAGGGAUCACUCGGGUGGUGGGAAAUAAGAAGGGACUUUUGACACGCCAGAGGCAGCCUAAGGCCUCUGCGCACCUCAUCCGGGACCGCUACAUGCGCAUGAUUACCGGAAACACGAACAUUUGUCGAGUCUAGUUGUUAAGAAUGCAAUAGUUGCAGUAUGAAUAGAAAAUCGGUAAUGAAAUUGAAGUGCAAAAAAUGAAAUAAAAAGCCAAGGAAUUCAUAAAAGAAAGUAUGUACAUAUUGUACAAAAGUACCAAAAAGCUAUUUCAUCGUGAUCCGGCAUAUAUAAUGACCUGUUUGACAUAUUUAAGACAAUAAAUUUAAAUGCAAGCUU